UGUCACCUAGCGGUGAGUUCCAUUGUAUAGAAGGCUUUUUUCCCCCUUAAGCUGUUGGAGAAAAGUUUGCCUCAGAAGGUGGAUGACUUAAUCUAACACCCUUCUUCGCCUGAUUUGAGAUCAAAGAAACAUCACUUGGAACUUAGAAGUUGCCCUCGUCCCAUGCUGUGAAUUAGAAUCUCCUGGAGCGCUUUAACAAGCACUGCCUGGGUCCCACCACCAGAGAUUGUGGUGUAUUGGGUCUGUGAUGGGUCCUGGGCAUCAGGGUGUUUCAAAGCUCCCCAGGUUUUCCUAAUGUGCAGUCAGGGUUACGAACGGAUUGGUUUGUCCACGGUCCCCAGCUGGGGUGCUUUGGGUUCUUGGCUCCAAACUGGACCAAGUUUCCAAGGCUUGCUCCUAUGAGCGUUUUUCAUUACAAACUCCUUACUACAUGUUCAAUUGAUAAUUUCAAACUAGGCAUGCAGAAUUUUUUCUUUAUACGCAAAAAUGGUCCAAAGAUGGCCUUUGCUUUAUGAACAAAUGUUCUUGGAGGGUUUUCAUAAGUUUAUUUUAAAUCCUACCAUCCUAGCCAUUUCAUAUGAAUGUAGAUAUACGUUCCUACAGGAAACAAAUCCCCAGUUAGCUGGAAGCUUUUGAUAAAAGACAGACUUGAAGCAUAUAUAUUGUACUAGCAUAUUUCUGGAGCACUUUCCAAAUUCUGUAUUUCCUUUGAUUAGUUUGUUUUCUACAGUCUCCCGGAUAACAAGAAUUGCUGUUGUGUUGGGGAGGCUUAUUUAUCUCUUAAUCUUUAUUCACUAGCUCCUAUAUAGGACUUUCCAGCAUCAAUCUUGGUCAACUCUUGCUGGUAUCUGAGAACAACUCUUUAGCAGUAGGACUUCAUUCUGGAGAGUUCUCCAUGGAGGUCUUAGAGCUAGGUCUAACUGAAAUGUUAUAGAAACCAGUAUUUAAAGCUAUUUUGCUCUAGUAAAGGAUUUAUGAAACAUUAUGGAAUAGGCAGUAGUUAUACAGUCCCAGAAGGUUCCAUCAGUGUUUCUUCUCUUGUGUACCUGGUUUCCUGGUUUGAAAAAACAACAGAAUUUCUGACCAUGGCAGAUCCAGCGUCCGACUCCUCCCUGGCUGAUGUUACGGAAGACUUCUUUGAUACAGCCUUGAUUAUUUCCAGGAGUAGUAGUAAAGGGAAAAUCCAGAUGUUGGAGUCCUUCAUAUUUACCUUAGGAUUUCUGGUGACAGGAAAGACUGUGAAUCAUCUGAUUCAAAAGGAGGCUUUGAAAACUUUGAACACCAUUUUGCAUACCAUGCCUCGGGAGGAGCGAAGACGACUCCCCUUGUUGGAAGGCCCAUGUCGUCUUAUGAAAGACCUUGCAAGGACAAUCUUGACUGUGGGUGAUUAUGACCAGCAGGUUGCUCUUUCUGAAGCAUUGUGUAGACUGACCUUGAAAAAAUCAAGGGUUGAGCUUGUCCAUGAGUGGUUUGAAGAUAAUGUCAUUGCAGAAGCUUUCAAAGAAAUUAAGGAUCGAGAAUUUGAGACGGAUUGUAGACGGUUUCUCAAUCACCUAAACAACAGACUUGGUGAUGAAAGAAGGGUCUAUUCAUUUCCGUGUAUUGCUGCUUUUGCUGAUGGGCAUGAGAUGAGAAAACCAGAAGAUGAAAAACUAGAGAAAUUUUGGAUUGACUUUAACCUCGGAAGUCGGAGUGUAACUUUUUAUAUAGACAAUACUAAGAGUGCGCUGUGGGACUCAGUAAGGCUUUUGAAGGACGCAGUGAUUAAUUUCAACAUAAGAGAAACGGAAAAUAUGAAGAUCCUCAUUAUUUGCCUGAAGAAGCCUAUUAAUAUUGGCAACAAAGAAGUGUUGAAAAUAGAAAUCCAUUUUGAUUUGCAAUUCAAUAUAUCACAAGCUUCCAUGGAAGCGUUAGGAGAAGACAAACAGAUGUUACCCGACCAGACAAGAAGCUCCUCAGAACUUUCUGGUAAAUCUGAGAAAGAAGACCCUGACAUUCCUAGCGACCGUGAAAGAGAGACAGACCAGAAAGAAGAAUCCACCAAGCUGGCGGAGUUAAUGAGUGCCAGAGAUGACCACUGCCUAAUAACUCUCCCCUUAAAUGACCAGUCUGAGCCUGUUCAAAAAAAUAUAGCAGAUAGUUCACCUGAAAAACUGAAACUGGAUGACCCACAACAAGUCACUUCAAAACAUGAAUAUUCUUCAGAUUUACAAGAACCAUCAGUAAAAAUUCAAGAUCCUGAAUUAAAUGACAAAUCUAGGGCAGAUUCUGCUUCCAAGGGUGAGAGAAAGCGGGAAACAAGGAUGUUGUUUAAAUACAGGAAACACCUCUUCUCAGAGAGUAAUCAAGAUUCAAGUAGUGGUACCAGUGAACGAUCUUGGACCAGUAACCAAAAAAAGAAAUCCCUAAAACCAUAUUCUAGUAGGAAAAAGACAAGAACCAGAAGCAGUGUAAGAGUUUUGCCAUUUUCCCCUCCCAGCAGUGGCAGUGACCACGAGAAAGACCAAGCUCGACAUCUAACGCCAUUAUGGAAGGAUACCUCCAGGCAGAAUAAUUCCACACUUCCAAAAAUUUCUGGAACCAAAUUUCGGGGUAGUUCUGACUUUUUAACUCCUGAAGACUCUGCCCAGAAAACAGAACAUCAAAGUCCCCACCCACUGAGCGAGCUGUCAUCCUUGGAGCAUUCAGAAGUUGAAGAAAAUGUAUCUAAGGAAAAUACUGUAGACCAAGAGUCCUUGAUGAAAAGUACUAGCUUCAAACAUAAACUGCAAAACCUGGAAGACGGAGACAUAUCAGAUGGCAGUUUUGCUAAGUCAAAACAGUCAAAAUUGGAGGAAGGUGGUUCUCCAGAAUCCCUCACCUCGGUGACAGAAGAGACAGACUUAGCAGCAGCUGUGCCAGAGAAUUCGAAGAGUUCUGCUGUUAUCACAGCCCUCGAAAACUUCACUAGAGAACUGGAAAGAAAAUCUGAGCUUAGGUACAAAGGGAGUCCACUUUACUCAAAAGAGGCAAAGCAAGCACCAGAUUGCCUAAUCCAACUUUUAAACCAGAUACAUCAACGCAGACUGAAUAAACUGGAGCAGUUUCACAGUUUUGUUCUUCAAGAGCUGAGCAAUCUUGAGAAGGAUAUUCAUGAUCUGAAACACCUUGAGAAGGAUGUUCUUGAAUUUUGGGGAAAACAGUCUGAUGAUUUGAAAUCAUUCUGUGAUCUGCAAGUGCUGAGGCUUAAUCCAGAUAAGCCUUCAUGAGGAAAGCCAAAGCCCAGUGUUACUGCAUUCCCGAGCUGUCUGAGCCGCCGGAGGAUGACAAAGCUGGCUUGGGCCGCUCAGUGGUGCUUUAGAGCUCUGGCUGAUGCGCUUUGCUUCACUCCCCCUGGGACCCCUGAGUUGUAAUAGAACAGAAUUAUGUUGGUAGUUUACAGCUGUGCUAUUGUCCCUUUGUUCACGAAAGUUGACUUUCUGCAACAAACUUUGGUCAGAAAAGAGGAAGUUGGGGAUGUUUACCAACUUAGAGUGUUGCCUUUUUUUUUUUUAAUGAUUUCAAAGUAAAAUUGAUUUUUAUUUGAGAAGGGUCUUCAAGCUUUGUGGGGGAAAGAAAAUCUUAACAUCUGUAUCCAUGCUAUUUGGUACAUCUCUUUGAGGGAGAAUUUAAUUUGUGAUGAAAAGCGCUCAGAUGAAAGUGGCAUUGUAUUUUGAAAUAGUUAUUAUUUCACUUGAUCCGCAAAUAUUCUAGUUUCUUUAGCACUUUCACAGAACCGCCAGCUUGAGCAGAGGAGAAAAGCUC